AUGUGUAGAAAUCUAAUUCCCCAGUGUUACCAUUCAGUCAUAUCGUCUUUGAAAAUAUUUUUCCGUUGCCCUGAUUUUGAAAACGACAUCGAUUCUUGGAACCGUGGCCCCAAGGUGAAUGAGAUGAUGUUUGAUGUAUAUAAUGGCAAAAUAUGGCAAAAUAUGUUGAAUGUUCGUGAGAUCCCUUUCAUAUAUAGUAUUAAGAUCAAAACUCAUCAAUGUCCAAAUGGUACUACUAUCCGAGCAGCCCUUCUCAUGAUUGCCUGUGAUAUACCUGCUGCAAGGAAAGUAUGUGGAUUCACAUCUCAUACUAGUACAAAUGCAUGUCACAAGUGUAAGCAUCAAUUUUCGAGGUUGGCUGAAACAAGUUCUGUUGAUUAUUCUGGAUUCGAUUUCUCAAAGUGGCUUCUUUGCACUAAGAAUGACAAUUGUAAGGAUGCAGAGGUCUGGAAAAAUGCAACCGCGCAUGCUGAGAGACAUCGUCCACUGGAAAAAUAG